UAAAUCAGUUGAGAAACACGAUGAGUAAAUCCAAAUCUGAGAUGUUUAGCUCCUCGGACAAUAGUAGCAAGGAGAAAGUCGCUCAGGUAGCUGACCUAAGGCUUUGCGGAAAGCCAAGCUAUGUCGUGUGCCGAGGCAAGAAGUCCCCAGACAUUGCGGAAGUCGAUAGUACGACCGACCUCGGACAGCCGAACGACGUUGCUCUCCGGCAAGAUGUUCAAGACAUUAUGAAGCACCAACAGAAUAUAAUCAAACUGGUGGACGGCGUGUACAGUGACAUCGCUGGUUCGAAGGAUACGAGGAUUGGCUAAGAGAACUAGGUAGCCACCAAGUGGUGUGGGCUUUAUCAAAAAUUCCCAGUUAAGCUUAAAUUGAUCAGAGGGACUCUCGCAAUCCAAGCUUCAUUCAUCCAUUCCAGCCAAUGCAUUUGUGUACCCGCAUUUGUUGUUUUACUGCGAUUCAAUUGGCAUUAUCAUUUUGUU